AUGGCGUCCAACCAAGCAGCCAAACGUCGUGCACAGCAAUGGAAAAACACUGCUAAAAUUGUCCAGACGUCACAGAUCUGCAAGCUACCCGACAAUAUAAUGCUAAUAAUCUUCAGUUUUCUUGAUAUAAAGAGCUUGUGCUCAGGAUCUAAGGUCUGUCGUCGCUGGUAUCAUCUUGGUAAAGACCGCUCCCUCUGGAGAUCUGUGGACCUUCGUCCUUGGCCACUCGCUCUUAGAACUUUGUGGAAAGUGGUUAGGAAUCGAAUCUCAGAGAGUGUUGUUGAAUUACAGAUUAAGGGAUUUAUUGGUACGGCUAAAAAAAAUGACAAGAUUUCGUUGUCUUUGCUUGAAGAAAUCAAAACAAAAUGUCCAAAUUUGGAAAAACUUACACUCUGUUAUUGCGAUAUGAGGAAUGUUGAAGUAAGUUGUCUUCCUCACUCGCUGAAGUCGUUAUCUUUGGAUCAUUCUAUUAUUCCUUUAGGCUGGUUUGAUAGCUUAAAGACCGACCCAUUCUUGAAGAAUUUUGAGGAUCUUAACCUUACGUAUUGUACUCGUGUAUCUGACACAGAUGUGAAUAGUAUUGGUAAACUCUCUACUCUAAAACGGUUAAAUGUAAGUAAUUGUUAUAGAAUUACGGAUAAUGGCGUACAGUGCAUCGCUACAAAACUGGAGGAUCUCACUCAUUUAGACCUUUCAGACUGUACUUCAGUAACGGACCUCGGCCUUCAUCACAUUGGACGACACUUGAUCAAUUUAAAGUCUUUGAGCCUUCAAAACUGUCGUUCUGUCACAGACAUUGGUAUUGGAGCCCUGGUAUACGGCUUGAAAGAGCUUGAUUAUUUAAGUUUAUCAAAAUGUCAUGAGAUUUCUGACACUGGCCUGGCUAGUGUUGCCGAACACUGCAAGAAAUUGACAGUUUUGAAUAUUGUGGAGUGUCCUAAGAUUACAUCUACAGGUCUCGAUAGUAUCAAAACAUUGCUUCCAAACUGUGUCAUUGAAGGACCAGAAAGUACAGUGUCACUGUGGGGUAGGGUAGGCCAAGGGGGUAACCGAUUGGGAUGUAACCCCUAGAUUAUCUUUGAAUAAGGUAUUAUAAAUAUUUUAUUGGAUAUCAAUAGCAACCAGACUAUGUCCUUACACUAGACGCUAGAAAUACAGUAUUGAGGAGGUGAUUAUUCAGAUUCUACAGUAGGUUUGGUAAUGGCAGGUAUGUUGUAGAGUAGGAUUCCUGGGGGAUGAUAUACGACUGUUUAAUGUACCUUUAUGAGUACUGUCACAAGAAAAUCAACCAAGAGAAGGAAUCUCUGGUAUUCAUGCUUGUAACCAUCAUAGGCACCGUUUGAUGCUAUUUUUAGAAUCAUAUUUGCCAUUGUUUGUUUUUCUGUAUGUGCAUUAUGCACGAGCUCUAUGCUGUUUGCUUACGUUUUUUUUAGAAAAACACAAGAAAACAUGAGCAAACAGCAUAGAGUGCGCACAGUGUGCACAUGCAGAAAAACUAGCCAUCAAAUGAAUCUUAUGAAGGAUUCUAAAAAUAGCAUCAAAGAUUCUAAAAAUAGCAUCAAAGAGUGCUGGUGAUGGGGUGUGGGGAUUCCUUCUCUUAGUUCAUUUUCUCAUGGUAAUGUAUGAUAGUAUCCAACAUUGAGGAGUCUCUGGCUCGGUGACCACAGAGGAGUUGUCCUUUAUGAGAAGAGAGUCAAUAACCUGCUAUGCAGUGGACAAGGUCAGUGACUAAUAAUAAUAAUUGCUCAAACUAAAGUAUCAUAUUUCCUUGAGUAAACAUCAGAUAUCAAUCUUGUGAUGAUGUAUAGCCCUGUAACUUGGGCGUAAUCCUUUCCCAUCCACGUAUCAUUCCCUUGAGAAUAAGGAUUCUUGUUUGAGUUGUAUCAAUAUCCCUGCCUUCUCAUGCACAACUCUCCAACAUAAAAGUGACACACUAUGAAAUGAUAUGUGGUUUGAAAUGGGAAAAUAUUGACUGCAACAUUGCCUUCUGGUAAGAAUAAAUCAUUGCACUCACCUUACCACAGGUAAUCCCACAAAACAUUUUAAAAACUAUUAAAACAAGCCAGCUUUACUCAAACCUCACAUGACGAAGAAUAUUAUUUUACUCUUAAUAAACAAUUUUAUUACAAUAAUUUUAAUGGACCUCAUUUAGCUCGGGCAUAAUGUUUUCCCAUUCAGACCAUGUGCCAUUCCCUUGAGAAUAAGAAUCUUCAUUUGAGCUGCAUCCAUAUUCAUGUGUCUUUUUGUGCACAACUUCUUUGUUGCGACUGCAUUAACCAAGGCCACCCAAACAAAUUUUAAAUUGAAUUCACAAAUUACAUUUUUGAUGCUGAUUAUAACAAGAUGGUGAUGAAUGCUGGAUUUUAAACUGUUUCUUGCUCGCUCCUGAUCGCACACACACAUGUAUAGAGCAAAGUAUAUGCUUUUAAGGGGAAAAUUUGUACAGAUUCUAUUGUUAAAUACUUAAUCAUGAUUGGCUAAUUUGUAUGAAAACUUGUCUGGGUGUUCUUGAUUGGUGUAGUGUUUGGUAAAGGAACAAUACUCUUGGGAAUGAUAUGUGAUCAAAAUUUGGAAAACAUACUGCCAAUUGCCCAAGCUUAAUAUUGGUCUAUUGACAUUGAUCUGAUGUGAUCUAUUAUUAACACAUGGAUGACAUCAUACCAUUGUCUAUUUACAGCAGCACAGUCUAAUAAUUAAUGACUAUCUUUUAUAAAUCUUACCAAUAAACAAAUAACAAAAAAGAAA